GUCUGAAUUAAAUCCGUGCACGUUGUUCCUUGCAAUGCCCACACCUGUGGAUGAGCAUCCAAAGAGGCACGGCGGUGCAGCGCCUGUUGGGUUAAAAGUUCCUGUGUGUUUUGCAAGGAGGGGUUUUGGGCUUGACGGCCGGGAACAGCUGGCCCGGGAAGCGGUGUCUGCUGGGAACUAAGUGGAACCAGAUGUGGGGUGGAAUCCGUGGGCCGCCCGGCGGGGGGGCAGGAAUGUGGGCCAGCGCACACUUUCUCUCCCGGAGCCAGAAGGAGCCUCGCUCUGCAGCCGGCCAGGACCAGCCCAGCCAGCCCAGAGAACAGCCCGGCCCGGGGCGGAACAAUGAAGCCCGUUUCGAGCCUCCUUCUGGUGACUCUUCUGGGAGUUGCAGUUUCGCAAGAACCGGAGGAGCCGGACACGUAUACGGAAUGUACAGACGGAUACCAGUGGGAUGCGGAGAGCCAGCACUGUAAAGACAUCAACGAAUGUGAAACCAUUCCGCAGGCCUGCAAAGGAGAGAUGAAGUGCAUCAACCACUACGGCGGGUACCUUUGUUUGCCGCGUUCCGCCUCCGUCAUCAACGACGUCAAUGCCGAGCGGGGGGCUGCCCCGAGCCCUCCCCGGCCGAGGCCCCCGAGACCCCCCCACGCCAUCCCCGGGCAGAACUCGUGCCCCCAGGGCUACGAACCGGACCGACACGGGGCCUGCUCGGAUGUGGACGAAUGCGAAUACGAUGUGCACGACUGCCAACCCAGCCAGGAGUGCGUCAACACACCGGGCGGAUUCCACUGCCAGUGUCCCGACGGAUACCGGAAGAUUGGCACCGAGUGCGUGGACAUCGACGAGUGCCGCUACCGCUAUUGCCAGCACCGUUGUGUGAACUCGCCCGGCUCCUUCUCCUGCCAGUGCGAACCGGGCUUCCAGCUCGCCAGCAACAACCGCUCUUGCGUGGACGUGAACGAGUGCGAGAUGGGGGCCCCGUGCCAGCAGCGCUGCUUCAACACCUACGGCACCUUCAUCUGCCGCUGCGGCCAGGGGUACGAGCUGGACGAGGACGGAUUCACCUGCAAAGAUGUUGACGAAUGCAGCUAUUCAACUUACUUGUGCCAACACCAGUGCGUGAAUGAGCCCGGCCACUUCUCCUGCGCCUGCCCCCAAGGAUACCAGCUGCUCAGCACCCGCCUCUGCCAAGAUAUCAACGAAUGCGAGACCGGGUCCCACCAGUGCACCGACACCCAGAACUGCAUCAACUUCCACGGGGAAUACCGCUGCGUGGAGAAGAACCGCUGCCAGGAGCCCUACGUCCAAGUCUCCGAAAACCGCUGCCUGUGCCCGGCCACGAACCCGCUCUGCCGGGAGAAGCCCUCGUCCGUCGUCCACCGGUACAUGAGCCUCACCGCGGACCGGACGGUGCCCUCCGACAUCUUCCAGAUCCAGGCCACCAGCGUCUACCCCGGAGCCUACAACACCUUCCAGAUCCGCUCGGGAAACGAACAAGGAGAGUUCUACAUCCGGCAAAUCAACAACCUGAGCGCCAUGCUGGUCCUGGCCCGGCCGGUGACGGGUCCGCGUGAGUUUGUGCUGGACCUGGAGAUGGUCACCAUGAACACCCUCAUGAGCUUCCGCUCCAGCUCCGUCCUGCGGCUCACCGUCUUCGUGGGCGCCCACUCCUUCUAGCACCCGGCCACGGAACGGACAGAAGAGGCUUGGACUACGUCUGCCAGGGCCGGGCCGGGCCGGGCCGAAGCCCCGAGGGGAUCCGUGGUCCCACGACUUCCUGAGCCAGGACUACAACGCGGCUUCCAAAAGACAGAGUCCUGGGUUCAAAAUUGACCGCGGAGAGGACUUUUUUUGGGAACUUAGCAGCAAAGUUCUCUUUUUCUGUUCUUACAAAGGAAGAAAAAAAAAAACCAAGAAUAUUUAGUAAAAUUGUUGUUUUUUUUU